CGUGUUGGGAGACUUGCAAGACUGACUCUGUUCUCCGGACCAAACUGUUCGCUUUGCGACACGGCCAAAGCGGAGCUAGCCAAAGUCAGACAACGGCGACCGUUCAACCUCGAGACGAUCAAUAUCCAGGACCAGGGCCAAGAGCGGUGGAAGCGGAAGUAUGUCUACUGGAUCCCGGCGCUGCACAUCGAGGGCAAGGAAGUCGCGAAAGGCCGCUGGAACGCACAGACUGUGAACGAGGCUCUCGAUACCUGGGAGCGGGACCCAUGGACCACGGAAGGCACGAAGAAGCCCUGAACCCUACGCUCCGCCUAUGUUCACCGUCGAUACCAAGCCUAGCUAUGGCAGCCCAUAUUAUGACCUUUACUUCUAUGAACGCUGUGGUGACGGCGCUCUCGGAAUGGCGCGCGUCGAAGAAGGGGAUGGCAGUGACGUCCGACGCUGUUUCAAUUGCGGUUCGCCAGACCAUUCGGUGUCCUCCUGCCCCGAACGCCGCAACCACGCAUUGAUCUCCCUCUCACGCCAAUUGUUCAACUUCUUCAGGAACGAGUUCUUAGCCGGAUCGCAGCGCAUACACGAGUUUGAAGGCUGGCGACAACAGCGGCUAGCGUGGCUGGAGGAGUUCGAGCCAGGUCAAGUGAGAGGCGAGUUGCUGCGCGACGCGUUAGGCCUGACGGACGGCGAUGCUGGGGAGCAUGUGGAGUGGUUGCGCAACAUGGUAUGCUGGGGCUAUCCUAAAGGCUGGAUUGGCGAAGUCGAUCCGAGACUGCAGGUGUGGAAAAUCAUCACCGGCGAGGGCGAACAAGGCGAUGGCGAGGACGACGAUGUGACGUCGUUUAUCAUCGCUGGGGAAGAGGAAGAGCAGCUUCAGCUUCCUGGAAGGUCUGUCGUGACUCCGUUGUUCAACGAAGACGAUAGCACAUCUACCUCCGACUGCGACGAGGCUUCUCACACGGCAGCGGAACCAUCCCUGGACGCAGGUCAUGGAGAGCCGAAACGAUGGGCCACAUACCCAAACACGUAUUUCCUCUCCUCCAAGCUCUUCGUCUACAUCAGCCAAUGUCUUCCCGAGCCCGGCAAGAACCUGUCGCAAGUCGACGUGUCUACGUCGACGGCUCCCGCGCCACCGCCCUACCCACCUCCCGGCUCGCCACCUCCGCCUCCGCCUUCAAGCCCACCCCCUCUGCCUCCGGCCAGUCCACCGCCGCCACUUCUUUCGCUUCCCGGUCCGCAUGUAUCGCCCAGGGCAAAUCCUAGUGAAGCUGAAGAGGGCGAAAUCGAAUAGACAUGGACGUAUCCGACUAGUUUUCUUACCAUGUGUUGUCUCAUACCGCGUUCUCGUCGCUGCUUUGGAUCGCAUUGUGAACACCAUCAUCCGGCAAGGGGAUAUAACAUUGCCCAUGGGUACGUACACUGAUCCAUCCAUUAACCCUACGAUAUAUUACAACAAGUACAGGCAAGCGCCGCUAACUAAGGCUACAGAUGCAUUGGCAAAGGCCUCACAGAGGCGCAACAGAUUAAAGGCGUGUCCGUGGUGUAGAUCAUCCUGAUGUGAGGGUAGUGUCUGUAGACGUCAAGUGUCGUCUGAUGCUCG